AUGAAUGAUUCUUCCUUAGUUCCAUCUUUACCACUGUUACCGCCUUCCGAUGGAUCCUCUCCUGCUCCAACCUCUACCUCUAAAGAAUCAAUCAAAUCCCCCAUUGUUUCAUCUCCCGAUAAACCUGAUCUUCCUGAUGAUUCUGCAAAAUUAUCUCAAACUCAAAAAAUGCUUCAACAAUUAUUAAAAGAUCCUUUAUUGUCGGACCUAGCGAAAUUAAAUGAGGAAGGCAAUAUCAGCGUGGAAGAAGUAGAUACUUUGAUCGCUUUGGAGACUGGUACGGCAUUCGAGAUUAGGGUUGAGCGAGAAGGACUAGAGCCGAUUGAAAAGCGUGACCAAUGA